CGGCCGCGGCUCCGGGAGGAUGCGGCUCUUCCUCCUCGCUGCAACUUUCUGGGGAUUCUGCCUAGCUUCAGGUUUCAGCUUGCAAAUACAGUGCUACCAGUGUGAGGAGUUCCAGCUAAACAAUGACUGCUCUGCUCCAGAGUUCAUCGUGAAUUGUACGGUGAAUGUGCAAGAUAUGUGUCAGAAAGAAGUAAUGGAAAAAAGUUUUGGGAUCAUGUAUCGCAAGUCCUGCGCCUCCUCAGCUGCCUGUCUGAUCGCCUCUGCUGGCUACCAGUCCUUCUGCUCUCCAGGGAAGGUGAACUCUGUUUGCAUCAGCUGCUGCAACACUCCACUCUGCAACGGACCCCGGCCAAAAAAGAGGGGGAAUUCUGGUGUGGUGCCAAGGGCACACCUGGUAACCACUGUUCUGCUCCUUAAAUUGGCUCUUUUGUUUGCAUUUUGCUAAACUUCAAGCAAGUUGGGUUGUUUUGGGUUUUUUU